GAUCUGGCUUGGGAGGGAGACAGGAAAUCUGGCUGACAGUCUUACGUUUACUGCCUUUCUCUCAGACCUUGUCCACCUCUGACUGUGGCUUCCUAGCAGGAACAGAUGGACAUGGCCUGGCAGGGGACACAGUUGUUGCUUGUGGCUUUGGUGGCUGCUGCAUGGGGUGGCCAGCCCAGGACUCCACGGGCCAGGACGGACCUGCUCAACGUCUGCAUGGACGCCAAGCACCACAAGACAAAGCCAGGCCCUGAGGACAAGCUGCAUGACCAGUGCAGUCCCUGGAAGAAGAACGCCUGCUGCUCGGUCAGCACCAGCCGGGAGCUGCACAAGGACACCUCGCUGCUGUAUAACUUUACCUGGGAUCACUGCGGCAAGAUGGAGCCCGCCUGCAAGCGCCACUUCAUCCAGGACACCUGCCUCUAUGAGUGCUCCCCCAACCUGGGGCCCUGGAUCCAGCAGGUGGACCAGAGCUGGCGCAAAGAGCGGAUCCUGGAUGUGCCCCUGUGCAAAGAGGACUGUGAGCGCUGGUGGGAAGACUGCCGCACUUCCUACACCUGCAAGAGCAACUGGCAUAAGGGCUGGAACUGGACCUCAGGGUACAACCAGUGCCCAGUGGAAGCUGCCUGCCACCCCUUCGAUUUCUACUUCCCCACGCCCACUGCUCUGUGCAAUGACAUCUGGACUCAAUCCUACAAAGUCAGCAACUACAGCCGAGGGAGCGGCCGCUGCAUCCAGAUGUGGUUCGACCCGGCCCAGGGCAACCCCAACGAGGAGGUGGCGAGGUUCUAUGCUGAGGCCAUGGCAGCCGGGGCCGUGCCCCAUGGGACUGGGCCUCUCCUGCUCAGCCUGGCCCUGAUGCUGCUCUGGCUGCUCAGCUGAGCUCCUUUUACCUUCUGAUACCUGGACAUCCCUGCCUGUCCAGCCCCACAGCUCCCAGCUAUUCCGUCUCUGCUCUGUGGUGGGGCCUCAGACCCACAGUUUGAAUAAACCAGACACGCCAGA